GCAUGCCAUCACUUUUUUUUCUUUGCAAUCAUAAAUUUCCACAUGUAUAAUAAAUAAUCAAUUGAUUUGAUUUGAUUGUUAUUUGAAUGAUUUACAUUUACGAAAUAAAAUACAAUUGGCCAUCCGAUAAUGGAUUCAUUAACACCAUCAUCGUAUCUGACAUUGUUGGAUGAAAUUGCACUCGAAGGUCUUAAUGGUAUUACAUUUCCUUCGCUUUGGAUACGACUACAUGAUCGUGAUCGCUAUCUAACUACAUUGAACAAACCUAAAGUUUUUGGAUUUGAUGAUUACGGCGAUUCAAAUGGAUCAAAGCUUAAAAAUUUCGUACUCAAUGUUUGUCUUAAAGAAUCCGAAAGAGGUAAUAUCCAAUUUUAUCGCACUAAAAACGCUCAACGAAAGGUUCAGAUCUAUGAUCGAAAUAAUUAUUUUGUACAAGAGACCGGUACAUUAUUGGUCGAUGAUUCUCAGAUACCAGAUAAUCUUUAUCCGCCUGUGAUUGGUGUAAAACCUACAUCUAAUGAAUCAAAUCCAGACGCACAGAUACUCGGUUCUUGUGUCGACUAUCAUAGCCGAGUGAAUAUUACCGCCAAAAUUCUUAGAGAUCGACCUACAAAUUUUGAUCAAUUCGAAAGCAAAUAUAGCGAACAAAUGUUACAAAUCGUAAUGGUCGCAUCACAGAAACUUCGUGCUAUCUCAUUGUUUGGAGCUGAUCGUUGGUUUGAAUACGAUCAUUUAAAACCUGAGUGUUAUUUGAUUCUUGAAUCGAUUGGCCUAAAACGUUGGUAUGGUGAGAUAAAUUUUGGCAAAGAAACGCCUCAGUAUCUAGAUCCAAAAAUUCGUGCCUCUUUCUAUUAUUUUCGUAAAAUUUUGACCGAUGAACGAUUGAUAUUGUCCAUAACGAACACCCUGUUCAAAGCCAAACGACAACAAGUUUCACAAGCAAUCGUAGCUUAUUUGCCUAGAUUCCGUCCGAAAAUGUCCUAUCCUAAUGAUUCGAAAAUGAUUGCCCUCUCUCGUUUGUUUAUACAAAUUGGUCGUAAUCGAUUAUCUCUCUCUGAUGAUAUUCUACGAGAAUUUUUUCUCCAACAAUUCAAAAAUUGUGUUCCAUUGAAAUUACUGAGAAGAAUCAUGGAAAAAUAUUCCGAGUUUUUUCGUAUUAAAGAAGAUGAUGAUGAUGGAACAGUAAUUGAAUAUCAAAGAUCAUUGAAUCUACAUCCAUUGCAUUAUGAUGAUUUUUUUCGAAUGGUAUCCAACACAGUCCAAGAUGGUCUAGAUCGUACCACAUGCGAUGGUGAUGACAAUGAUGAUGAUUAUAACGAUGAUGAUGAUAAUGUUGAUGACAAUGAACCUGAUGGCGAUGUACUCAUGGACAUGGAAGAUGAUGACUAUGAUGACAAUGAUUCAGAAGUCUUUGAACAAUCGCAGACAAAACUACAGCGAUGUGACCUAGGUAAAUUAUUCGAUGAUUUUGGUGUCGACAUUGAUAAUGACAAAAAUGAUCCACUUGAAGCGAUCAUGUCGGAUUCAAAUUUUGAUUACAAUGCAUUUUUCAAUCAACCAAAAUUGGAAUCCACCAAAACUUCUUUGAAAGAUAUUGUUCCGAAAAUAAGUGCCAACAUUUUAUCGUUAUGUCAUGAACCGGAUAAAGUUAUAGUUAUUCCGACAGUUCAAGAAAUCAAACAAAAUCAUCUCACGCCAUUAACAAUGCAUAUUCAUGAUCGUCGAUUUAGACGUUAUUUUCUCACUCCAAAUCAUCCAUAUCAUUAUAUUACGCCAAGUCAUUCAGGUGAAAGGCUAAAAUUAUCGCUUGCUCGAUUACAGCAAUUACCUCGUUAUCUGGAUGAUCGUAUAAUGAAUUUAUUGGCCGUAUGUGGUCCAUAUUCGAAGAGAAAAUUGAUCAAUAUCUGUGAUCUACCGGUCAAUAUCAUACGUUUAAUGUUACGUGGUUUGAAAGAAUCAGGCAACAUAACAUUCACCGUGAAGCGAGUUGGUCGUCAAUCAAUUCACAUGUUCCAAUCAAACAUUUCGACACGACAUUCAAUUGUUCAACAGCCACAAUCUACCAUUGUGGAUGCUGCCUAUCAAAAACGAAUGACACUCAUCUUAGAUUAUAUAAGCCGAUUAGGUAUCUGUGAUAGUUUUGUCUGGAUACGACGAUACAUUUUAAAUUGUGAAAGUCGUGGCCAUCUUUCAUAUCGAAUUGAUGUAAAAUCCAUUAUACGAAUAUUGAAUUAUUUGGUCGACAUUAACCGUGUACGUUUAUUGCAUUAUGGACUUAAUUACAAACAACAUUGUCGCAAUAGUUACUAUGUUAUUAAUCUGGCAGAUGGCCAAAAUCCACAUCAUUUGGAUCAGGAACUGGAACAACAUCUUAUUCUUCGUUCUCGAUUUGUUUGGUUUGCCCGUUAUCCAAUCGAUUUGAAUGCCGAUGUUAAAUGUUCCAAUCUGAUUGACUAUGAUCAAAAUGGGAAAAUUGAUUUCCAAACAGCUAUUUCUCGAUUGGUUUCGGCAAAACAACGUUUAUCAACAACUGAAGAACAACAAAAAGAUGAUGAUGAUUUGGAUUUGAUACCAAUCACACGGCUAGCUUAUUGUCCAUCAUUAUCUGCUCAUUUCUAUGGUUGUCGUCAUUCAAAACUGGAUAAAAUAUUCGACCUUUAUCGAUUCUUGUUCUAUGUUAUGAUUGACCAACCAUCCGUACAAAUCGAUUCAAGUCAUGUGCAAGAUGAAAAUUGUGAUAAUAAUGAACUUGACUGGCAGAAACGUGUUCCUAAAUUGACCUUCUUACAGGGAUGUUUUUCUUCGUUAGACAUCCUACCUUAUAUUCCUUUGUCCAUAUAUCGAAAUCUGGUUACCAUACGUCACGAAAUUCCGGAUCUUGAUACUUAUCUUAACGAUCCAUGUAAACGACAUCUAAUGUUACAAGAAAUUCCACCGGUUAUUCGAUCUCAUCUAUUACAAAAUCGUCGAUCACCAAUCGAUAUACAAGAAUCAUUACAAUCAUUACAUCAAAUGGGCCUCGUUAACCUAUUACUUUCAGAUGAUGAAGCUCAGCAUUUUGAUAAGAAAUUCGCUCAUCGAUUCCGUUAUCGAUUAAACAGGUUCUUAUUGGUCAAACAAUAUCAGCCUUUGAAACAAGAUAGCGAAACAUUAACGCUUGAGGAGCCAACAAUGGUUGAAUACUACUUUGAUAAGAUGGCCGAUUUUGAUCGUUUUGUCGAUAUCGUAUACGAUCAUCUAUGUCAACAACCUCAACGAACAUGUGAUAAAUGUAUAUUUGAUGAGAGAAAAAUCAAUAUCCACUCUUUGUACAAUCCUCAUUCUUCUAGACAUCAUAAACGUGCAUUAUUGCGGCAAAAUAUUCGAGAUCAACAAUCCCAUAAACGUAAACGAAAACAAGAUUUGCGAUCAUUUAAGAAUAAACGAGUUAAAGUUCAAGUAACGAUUGAUGGUAAACCAGUCACCAGAAUUCGGAAAAAAGUUUUUAAUAAUGCUGUGGAUGUACAACAAGUUGAAAGCGCCGAUACAUUACGUAUAUCAUGGUCACGUGAAGAAGAUCGUUUUAUUCUUCGAUGUAGGCUACUGUCCGAAUUGCUUGGUGUACCUUAUACACGUCGAUUUAUUAUAAAUUCACAAAUAAUCAGCGAAUUAAUGAUUCAAUAUUGUGGCCGACAAUCCAAAGAUAAAUCGGCAGAUUCAUGUAUUCGACGUAUUGUACGUUUAAUGCGUCGACCACAUAUAAAACGAAUAUUGACCAUAUGUAUGAUGGAAUUACAAACAGAUCCGACUUGGCUGCCGUCCGAUUUUAAUGUUAAUAAUAACGAAAGUAGUGAAAAAGAUAAAUUCGUUCGUCUUUUACCUGAAAUAAUGUCUUAUCAAUUUCGUAAUACUGAAUAUUUUAUGACUAAAGAAGAUCUUCGAUCCCGAUCCGAUGCUCAAUUUUUGAUUCAUUUUGAUGAAAAUAUUACAAUCGAUGAACUAUUAUCUCGUUAUGAUAUUAUCGAUCCAGAAGGUGAUGAUAGCAAAGCCUAUUAUGUGGAUCCAAAAAACUAUUAUGAUAUUCACGGUUAUGUUAUCACCAAUGUUUUAUUAUCAUCAUUAUUCUCUUUCCUUAUUCAUCAUCACCGCGAACCAUCUAAAAACAAAGAUGAACAAUUACAUUUACGACGUUUACAACCAGAACCAAAAUAUCUAAAACGAUUUUUUCUACGAACAAUAUUUCGUGCAGCACUUCGUCGCUAUCCUGAAUCAUUAUUAAAAUUAAUUCUUAAACGUUUGGUUCGAUAUCGUUUAUUGAGUCAUAAUAAAAAACUAUCACCUAAAGGCAAUAAAAGUAAAUUAUUUCCCUGUGCAUAUAAAUUAACACAGCUAUUCUAUCGACCAUUAAUGGCUAAUCAUCGAAAUUAUGAACUUAAAGUUGAUUGUCAACAACAACAUCCAUCAACGAUUGUUACUAUGGUCGAAGAUAAUAAUACUAUUGUUGGUUCAAUGCAAUUUGCCGAAAAUCUUUGCAUCAAUGCCCUUAGUUUGAAUGAUGAUUCACAAACACCGUCAUCAUCAACAUCAUCGAUUGUGACCAAAGAUUUAAAUCAAUGGCAAUCAGGUGAUUUAUUACCUCCACGUAUGUUGGAAAUGAUAAAUUUUCAUAUCGAAAUACCGGAUAAUUUUAUUGCCUAUACACGUGGACCGAUUGAUCAAAGUAGAUUACCGGCUAAAACUAAUGCUAGAGGUAUGCUUAUGAAUCGUACGAAUCGAAUGGAAUCAGCAACUGAAAACCAAGAAACAAAAUCAUCAUCAUCUUCAUCAUUGGUCGAUGAAAUGUCAGUGAUACAUUGUCGUGUACGUGUCGAACAAAAAUCGGCUAAUCCAUCUAAUCAAGUUUUACCAUUUAAUAAAUUUCUUUAUCGAUUCGCUAUUCAAGCACAGAUAUUUGAUGAUCAAGAUAUUCCUUUAUGGUCAAAAAUGAAAUCCGAUGAAAAAGAUUCAAAGUCAAUUCCUUCCACUCUAAUUAAAAAAUAUGAAGAAAUGGUUAGUUCCAUUCUAAACGUUGAUCAUCUCAGUUUAGAAGAUUUGUUACAAUUUAUACGAUCUAAAAAAGAAUUGGGAGCCAAAUUAGAUCAGAUAAUUGAUUUUUUGACUUUAACAAAAUCUAUGAAUGAUGUUGAAGAGAUAAUCACCGAUUUUCUGUAUGAAUGUCAACAUCAUAAAUUAGUGUUUACUGUGGGUGUUCGAACACGAACUUGGGUACAUCAAGAUUAUAUCCGUUUCUGGUUGGUACGAUCAUUUCGACAUUUAGAUUUCAAUGUCGAUCAUUUGGUUGCAUUGGAAAGAUGUUUAAUGAAAAAUGUAAAAAAAUGUUAUUUUUUACCACGAAUGUGGAAAUAUCCUGAUGGCCAUAUUGAUAUACGAACUCUAUUCGUCUUUAUGAGUGCCAUAAUCGAUUAUUUGGCCACCGAUUCGAAUGCAUCGAUUGGCGCCAAUAUUUCACAAUUAGAAAAUUAUUUUCAACGCCAUCUACCGCCUGUCCAAUUGCUGGAACUUUUAGAUGCCUUAUUAUUCAUUGAUUGUAUAAGGAUUUCAAUAAUUUCGACAAAUCAACAGAUAAAUCCUGUCAACAAUUUGGAGGAUUUUUUUUGUUCCAGACAAUCGAUGAUCAUCAAUGUUGAUAAUCAUCAGGCCACUAAUAAUGAUCAAAUUACCUUUAACAAUCAGGAUCAAAUGUAUGAAGCAAAUAUUGAUGCUUAUUCAAGACUUACAUCAUUAUAUCAAAUUAUGAUUCGUCUUUAUCCACCAUUACAAGAUGAUUUUUGAGAUUUUUGGAUCGAAUGUUAUUCGAAAAAAUAUAUUAAACAUAUGAACGGAUGUAAGGUGUGUGU